UGCCCGGCAGCCGGGGAGCCGCGGCCAAUGGGAGCGCGGGGCGCCGUCACGUGGGGCCCGGAGCGGCGCCUGGCUGCGGUGGAGCUGCCAGAGCGCUCGGAGAGGCGGGACGGAGAGGACGCCGCUGCCGCCGGUGUGUUGCAGCGUCGGAUUCCCGGAGCAUCGGUGCCGCUGCUGCGCGACCUCCUGAGCCGUCAAGAGACGGAGAGGCAUAUGAGGAGCUCCUGGCAGGCGAAACAGUCCCUCGCAAAGACACCCAGGAGGAGGGAGAAGGAGAAAGGGGACCGGCGCCGGAGCUGAAACCCCCUGGAGCCAGCCAUGAGAUCGAUCCGAUCGUUUGCGAACGAUGACCGGCACGUCAUGAUGAAGCACUCCACCAUAUACCCGUCUCCGGAGGAACUCGAAGCCGUCCAGAACAUGGUCUCCACCGUCGAGUGCGCCCUGAAGCAGGUCUCGGACUGGAUGGACGAAACCAGCAAAUCCUCCCGGGCAGAGAGCGGCACGGAAAGCCAAGAGGAACCGGCAGACGGCGGCAAUAACAAGGACCAAGGUGGCCGGGUCUUGUGCGGGGUGAUGCGGAUCGGCUUGGUGGCCAAAGGCCUGUUGAUCAAGGACGACAUGGACUUGGAGCUGGUCCUGAUGUGCAAAGAGAAGCCCACACAGACCCUGUUGUUGCUGGUCAAAGACAAUCUCCCCAUCCAAAUCCAGAAACUCACGGAAGAAACGUACCAGGUCGAACAUUGCACUGACGAAGCAGCCAUCAUCAUCCAUAGCACAAAAGAGCUUCCACUCAGGCUCAAGGUGACCCUAACCUCCCCCCUUAUCCGGGAUGAAGUCGAGAAGAAGGAUGGAGUAGACAGUGUUCCGAUGAAAGACCCGCCGGACUUUCUCGACCGGCAAAAAUGCCUCGAUGCUUUGGCGUCUCUGCGACACGCCAAAUGGUUCCAGGCCAGGGCCAACGGGCUCAAGUCCUGCGUCAUUGUGCUGCGUGUGCUGCGGGAUUUGUGCAACAGAGUUCCCACCUGGGCGCCCCUGAAAGGAUGGCCCUUGGAACUGAUCUGUGAAAAAGCAAUCGGUACUUGCAAUAGACCUUUGGGGGCAGGAGAAGCCCUGCGGCGAGUGAUGGAGUGUUUGGCGUCAGGGAUCCUGCUGCCCGGUGGGCCUGGCCUGCAUGACCCCUGCGAACGGGAGCCGACGGAUGCCUUGUCCAAUUUGACUGUUCAACAAAGAGAAGCCAUUACCCAUAGUGCCCAGCACGCGUUGAGACUGUCCGCUUUCGGGCAGAUCUAUAAAGUGCUGGAAAUGGAUCCUCUCCCUUCCAAUAAGUCCUUCCAGAAAUACUCAUGGUCGGGGACCGACAAAGAAGGAGCUGGUUCCUCUGCUUUGAAGAGGCCUUUCGAAGACGGGUUGGGGGACGAGAAAGAUCCCAAUAAGAAGAUGAAGCGGAAUUUGAGAAAAAUCCUCGACAGCAAAGCAAUAGAUCUUAUGAAUGCCUUGAUGCGCCUGAACCAGAUCCGGCCCGGCUUGCAGUACAAGCUCCUCUCUCAGUCCGGCCCUGUCCACGCCCCGGUCUUCACGAUGUCCGUCGACGUGGACGGCACGACAUACGAAGCUUCGGGGCCUUCCAAGAAGACGGCCAAGCUUCACGUCGCAGUGAAGGUUUUGCAAGCCAUGGGCUACCCCACGGGUUUUGACGCCGACAUGGAAUGUACGAGUUCUGACGAGAAGUCAGACACGGAAGGGAAGACCGAGACCGUCUCUUCAAACUCAAGCAAUAAUACUGGAAACUCUACAAUCGAUACCUCUGCUACCUUGGAGGUAAGAACUCAGGGUCCCAUCCUCACGGCCAGCGGCAAGAAUCCGGUGAUGGAGCUCAACGAGAAGCGGAGGGGCCUCAAGUACGAGCUCAUUUCCGAAACGGGAGGAAGCCAUGACAAGCGUUUCGUGAUGGAGGUAGAAGUGGACGGGCAGAAGUUCCGUGGGGCCGGCCCCAACAAGAAGGUGGCAAAGGCCAGCGCUGCCCUGGCCGCUCUCGAGAAGCUCUUCUCCGGCCCCAACGCCGCCGCCAACAAGAAGAAGAAGCUUCUUCCGCAGACGAAAGGGAUUGUGAACUCAGCCAUGUCGGCGGCGGCGGUCCAGGCGGCCCGGGGCCGAGGGAGAGGCGCCCUCACGCGAGGAGCCUUUGUCGGGGCGGCGGCUGCGGCUGCCACGGGUUACCUGGCGCCAGGUUACGCCGCUCCCUACGGAUACAGUGCCGCCGCUGCCGCACCAGCCUACGGUUUGCCCAAGAGAAUGCUUCUGUUGCCAGUUAUGAAACUGCCCACCUACCCAAUGCCCCAUUAUUCCUUCUUUUAGCCAAUGGCAGAAGCCAGUUGCCACUGACUGAACCACCACAAAACACAGUACAGAAUGUUAGAAGACUUGCGAGAGAAGGCGGACAGUGACUCGCAGCCCCGUCUGCCUGCCUUAUAAGCCUGGCUUUCGUUUUUCCGUCAUCCGAGCGCAUACUUGAGCAAAAACCAUUUGUAAAGAGACAUCUUUUCCUACCUUUCCCCCUUCUCCAUUUUUAACAAAAAUGCAAAUUUAGUUCUCUAAAAACUUGAAUACACACACAUACAAAUGGUCUGUGAAAAUGGUUACCUCAUUUUUCUCUUCUCCCUCUCCCCACGACCCCCAAAAUAACUUAUACCAGCCUUCUGUUCUAGGGAAGUAACUUAGAUGCUUAAAACCUUUUUUUGUUUUUAAGUGAAGAAGAAGAAGUAAACCCGGAUUAUGUAAAACUUAAAAAAAAACAAGCAAACUUGUGAAGGAUGUAUAGAGUAUAAAAUGCUGAUCACACAAAAAAUACAAAUAAAAAUAAAACCAGUUUUUUUGUUGUAAAGAAAGUAUUUGCUUGUUUUGCUACGGGGAGCUCAAUUCAGACACAUGGUAAACCCACAAAGCCCAGCUCCAGUUUGUUUAUUUACUUACAGUAUUUAUAUUCCACCCCGAAAAGGACUCAAGGCAGAUCAUAGAACAUUCAUAAAGCCGGGCUUUAGCACAGCUGGCUAAAGAUCCCUGCCGACCAAAAAGUUGGCAGUUCGAAGCCCGGGUUGGGGUGAGCACCUGAUCUUCAGCCCAACUCACUGUCCACCUAAGAAGUUCGAAAACAGCUGUGAUUAGAGAAAUUAGGCACCACUUAAGCGGCGAAAUACUUUACGGCAUUGUAAAAAAUGCCGGCGAUCAAAGAACAAGGAGGAAAGUCUGUGAUCAAGGGCUCGUCAUAGCGGAUGGAGCGACAGCACCCCCCUGUGGCCGGAAUCGAGCACAAUCUCCAGGAUGCUGACGUUGGAAAAAUGCCGACACAAUUCCUCUGUGUCCUGUAUGUUUAACGGCAUUGAAUGUUUGCCCUAUAUAUGUUCUGUGAUCCGCCUUGAGUCCCCUCUGGGACGAAAAGGGUGGAAUAUAAAUGCUGUGAAUAAAGAAAUAAAUAAAUACAUAUGCGGCAAACAUUCAGUGACAAGACAGGCAAUAUAUAUAGGCUUUUCCUGUCUUCGGCAUCUUGAAGGCUUGUGCUCGGUUCUAGCUAUAGGGGGUUGUUGUCGCUGCAUCUCCCCGCCGAAGAGCUUUGUUUAUAAACUCCUCCUUGAUCUAAUUGCCGGCAUUCCUGGUUGCCUUUAAAAUACCUCCCUGUUUUUUAACCGUAUCUAUUUAUCUACUUAAUAAUAAUAAAAUAAAACUUUAUUUAUAUACCACUCUAUCUCCUCGAGAGGAUUCACGGCGGUUUCCGACAUGUGCAUAAAAAUUAAAUUAUCAAACAACACCGUACAACAAAGUUAAAUAUAAUAAACAACAUCAUAAGACAGAACCAAAAUUAUAUUAAUUCUAUUCUAGUUAUAUUUUGCUUUCAAACCGCUAGGUAGACGGGAGCUGGGCUAAAGGCCAGGAGCUCACCCCGACCCGGGCUUCGAACUGUCAACAUUGAUCGACAAGAUUUACUACAGCUAGUGGUUUAACCUGCUGUGCUAAAGCCCGGCCCAUGUCGCGAUGUUUCAUUUCCUAAAGGCACGAAACAUCGCACAAAGAUUUACAGCUCUGCCUUAUUUUCGCGCAGGGAUUUUUGGGAGGCCGUUUCCAAGCGAUGUUCUCUCUGAAUCAACCAUAAUUUUGUUCCAGAGUCGAUGUGUUUGAUCCCUUUUUCGAGCUCCUCCCUUGGACUCCCAUCUUCCUGCUUUAACAUUUUUUUGGGAAUGCCCAAAUUGCCCAGGUGUUCUCCUUUCUCACCUUCUUGUGGCCUCCUUCGCUCCGUCCUGGAUUUUGUGGGUUCAGAGCCAAAACUUAGACUCACCCCCGUCCGCCACGUUCCUCCCCGUGACGUCCCCCCUCCAAAAAACUAUACAAUUCUGAGAAUCUAAAGCAGCAACACAGUCUCCCAUGAAAAUUUGCUACCUUAAUUGUCCUGGUCUUGUCCGGUGCUGCUGUGAAAAUGGAGCUGUUUCAGCCAUAGGCCAGUACCGACCCUUCUCUUUCAGUUCCGUGUGUGUGUGAGCGUGUGCAUACGGCGACAUGUGGUGGGUCCGUGGCUGUGUGAAGUCUAUGCGUGCUUUUGAGACCGAAGAGAGGGGCGUCCGUCUGCUGUUCUCUAGAGGCGCAUUGGCUCUUGGACCCAAGGGCAGCCCGGUCGGUGUUGGUGGGACUGGCCGCCACGAGAGCAUCGCCGCCACCGAACCCUCCUUUGGGAUGGCAAAGGCUUUUUUCGGUGUGUGUAUAUGCCAUUGGGACUACUGCACGCUCUGCUCUUUUCCCUCAAUUCGACCCAAGUGGAAAACUUGUGUUCACAAUGGAGAGGCAGAAAGUGGGGCUAGCAAAGGAUGGAGUGGGAACUCCAGGUUAACCAAGAUAUUUGUCAACAUGGGGUUAAUUUAGCUGUGACCAAGGUUUGUCACUGUGGAAUUAAGCCGGGUUAACUAAGGUUUGCCACUAUGGGGGUCAAGCUGGGUUAGCUAAGGUUUGUCGCUCUGGGGUCACGCUAGGUUAGCUAAGGUUUGUCGCUCUGGGGUCACGCUAGGUUAGCUAAGGUUUGUCGCUAUGGGGUCAAGCUAGGUUAGCUAAGGUUUGUCGCUAUGGGGUCAAGCUGGGUUAGCUAAGGUUUGUCGCUAUGGGGUCAAGCUAGGUUAGCUAAGGUUUGUCGCUAUGGGGUCAAGCUAGGUUAGCUAAGGUUUGUCGCUAUGGGGGUCAAGCUAGGUUAGCUAAGGUUUGUUGCUAUGGGGUCAAGCUAGGUUAGCUAAGGUUUGUCGCUAUGGGGGUCAAGCUAGGUUAGCUAAGGUUUGUCGCUAUGGGGUCAAGCUAGGUUAGCUAAGGUUUGUCGCUAUGGGGGUCAAGCUAGGUUAGCUAAGGUUUGUUGCUAUGGGGUCAAGCUAGGUUAGCUAAGGUUUUUGUCGCUAUGGGGUCAAGCUAGGUUAGCUAAGGUUUGUCGCUAUGGGGUCAAGCUAGGUUAGCUAAGGUUUGCCGCUAUGGGGUCAAGCUUAUUUAUUUCUUUAUUUACAGUAUUUAUAUUCCACCCUUCUUUCUCACCCCAAAGGGGUCUCAGGGUGGAUCACAAUGCACAUGUACAUGGCAAACAUUCAAUGCCGUUAUUAGACAUACGACAUAUAUAGACAGACACAGAGGCAAUUUAACAUUUGCCAGCUUCAUGGGGGUAUGCUCGAUUCCGGCCACGGGGAGCUGCCACUUCACCGUCCACUUGUGGCAUCGAACCCUUGAUGGAGUACUUCCUCAUUCUUCCUGCAUGCUGCUGGAUGUUUUUAUGGUGUCGUAAAUUAGUUAAAUUAGCCUCCCCAAGGUUGGUCAUUAUGGAUUCAAGUCAACUGGGGUCACCUUGAAUGGCAGCGGAAUAUAUACAUUCCCAACUUCCUUUGGAAUUGGUUGCCGUUUUGGAAACGAGGGCAUAUACACGCAUGUGAAAAAAAAGUGGUCAAGACCCAGACAUUGGUGGUUCGGGGAGUGUGGUUUUCCCUUCGGUGGCGGCGAUCCUUCCAUCGAAAGCACUUGGCGACCCGAUGCCAACGGCGUGGCCUUUUUUCCGGGGAGGAGGGCGGGCCGGGAGCGGGACCCCGGAUUGGGAAAGACGCCUUCGGACCGAGAACAGCGCCGAUCGAUCCUAUUCCCGUCUUGCUGGCCUAUGGAUGAAAGGAAGCCAUCACUCAGCUUGGAAAAGCAUGGCUGAUUUUUGUAGAAAAAAAAAACCAACAAAACCAAAUUGGGAAGGGGAAAAAACGAUACCGAGUGCGUCCGAAUAAAUCCGAAUUCCGUCUGGGCAAAUUGGCGCGGCUUCCAAAUUUUUUGCGAAUCUGAACCCGCGGCGGUUGCUUUUGGCGCGUCUCCGCCGGCCAGCGGAUGAUCCGAUCCUAUGUCUUUUCCAAGGGGAUGGCAAACAUUUCCAGUAAUUGAUAUGACGUCAUUUCCCCCUUCCUUCCUCCUUUCCUCCCUCCUUUCUUCUCUCCAUUUAUUUUUGUCAUGUCGGGAGUUACUAACCACCACGUCGUAACCUUGCGAUCCUGUUGCUGCAUAUUUUACAUUUCUCUGCUUUACUGAAAACCUUAAUACGCUGUGGUUUUCUUUCUCUUCUUCUUCUUUUUUUUUGUUCUCGUAAAUCUUUAUAAAGGAGGGAACGGACGGACCGGUUUUGGGAGGUUUCUCAUACAAUACUCAAAUUGCGAUUAUUAUUUUAUUUUUUGCUUUCAUUACUGUGACUGUGUGUCGUGGAAGGCUUUCAUGGCCGGAAUCACAGGGUUGCUGUGAGUUUUCCGGGCUGUCUGGCUAUGUUCCAGAAGCAGCAUUCUCUCCUGAUGUUUUGACCACAUAUAUGGCAGGUAUCCUCAGAGGUUGUGAGGUCUGUUGGAAACUAGACAAGUGGGGUAUAUAUAUAUAUAUAUAUAUAAGAGUGAUGGCAUCACGGCGACCCACAAAACAACUAAACUACAAGCCCCCCAACCUCGAAAUUUGACAAUACAACUCAUCAUCCACGCCUCUAGGUUGAUACAACAAAAAAGCAAAGAAAAAUGAAGUCCUAAUUAGAGGGAGAGAAAUAAGGCUUUCAUGGCCGGAAUCACAGGGUUGCUGUGAGUUUUCUGGGCUGUCUGGCCAUGUUCCAGAAGCAGCAUUCUCUCCUGAUGUUUUGACCACAUCUAUGGCAGGUAUCCUCAGAGGUUGUGAGGUCUGUUGGAAACUAGACAAGUGGGGUGUGUGUGUGUGUGUGUGUGUGUGUGUGUGUGUGUGUGUAUAUAUAUAUAUAUAUAUAUAUAUAUAUAUAUAUAUAUAUAUAUAUAUAUAUAUGAGUGAUGGCAUCACGGCAACCCACAAAACAACUAAACUAUAAGCCCAACCUCGAAAUUUGACAACACAACCCAUCAUCCACGCCUCUAGGUUGAUACAACAAAAAGCAAAGAAAAAUAAAGUCCUAAUUAGAGGGAGAGAAAUAAUUGUUUUUAUCCAAUUGCUGCCACUUAGAAGGCUCUAAGCUCUGCCCACUUGGUCUCCUAGCAACCCACUCAGCCCAGUGUUAAUAAAAGAAUAAAAAAAUAAAAUAAAUACAAAUAAUACAAUAAAAAUAAUUAAAAACACUAAAAAUUAAUACAAUAACAAAUAACAAAAUAACUAAAAAUAAUACAACAAAAUAAUAAAAUAUAAUAAAUAAAAAAGAUGUUACAAUAAAACUAAUUAAAAAAUACAAAUAACAUCAAAUAAAAAUUCCACAACAACUUUUAACCGAUAGCACCACCACUUUGCCACAGCAACGCGUGGCCGGGCACAGCUAGUAUAUAUAUCUAUCUGUAGAAUGAUGUCCACGGUGGAAGAAAGAACUCUUCUUGUCUUUCUUCUUCGUGGUCUCUGUGAAAUGCGCACCUAUGACCAAUGGCAACAUUCCCACUUGCCUCCAACACACAUCAUUCCAUAGAGAUAGAUAGAUAAAUAGACCGGGCUGUGGUGCACCUGGUUAGUAGCCAGCUGCAAUAGAUCACUACUGGCGAGAGGUCACGGGUUCGAGCCAGCCCAGGUCGGAGUAAGGUCCCGACCAUUAAUAGCCUAGCCCAAAAGACAGUUGCAUCUGUCGAGUAGGAAAUUUAGGUACCGCCUUAUGCGUGGAGACUAAUUUAACUAAUUUACAACACCAUAAAAACAUCCAGAAGUGUGUGGAAAGAAUGAGGAAGUACUCCAUCAACGGCUCGGUGUCACAAGUGGACGGUGGAGUGGCAGUGGAAUAUAAAUACUGUAAAUAAAUAGUUAGAUAAAUAGAUGCUUCAUUUCCAACAGACCUCACAACCUCUGAGGAUGCCUGCCAUAGGUGUGGGUGAAGUGUCAGGAGAGAAUGCUUCUUGGGACAGCAAGCAACCCAUUACGGUUACCGUUUUUGUUUUCGAAGGCGCCCAAAACAUUCCCGUUGAGCAAUGAAAACCCCACUUACAGCUUGAAAGAGCAGAGAAAUUUAAACGGCGCUCAGAACUGUCUCGUCUCUCUUUUUUCUUUUUGGGAAAGAACGACGAUUAACCUCCGGCUUUUCUCCUCCUUCUUCUCCUCCUUCCUCCUCUUUGUCUCCUCCUUUUCCUCCUCCUCCUCCUCCUCCUCCUUGCCUUCUUUCUCUGCUCUUCUCUCUGCUGUAGGUGGUUUUUUCAUUGACAAUCCUUAUUGCCAGCCACUCGACCUCGCUCCUUUUAUCAUUCACUUGGGCCCUCGAGAGUUCUUCUCUGACUUCUAGAGCAAAACAAAGCGGGUUUAAGGCGAUGCCGAUGCCACCGGUGCUGCUUCUUCCCUCAAAUGACUUUUCUCUCUCCCAACCCAACCCCAAAACAAAAGAGAUAAUGAGGAACAAGCGGAGUCUAUAUACCGGAUAUACUCCAAUAUAAGACGAGUUUUUCAGCCCUUUUUCUGGCUUAUAUUUGGGUUGGCUUAUACUUGAGUAUAUACGGUAUAUUUCCAGGGAUGGUGAAAGGGGUGACAAGGCCGGAGGAAAGCUCCUUUCUAUUUUUCUAAUAUUUGAGCUGCAGGGAACAAGGCUCUCGAAGCAAUACAUGUACAUAGGUACUGCAAAUCCCAUCGUCCAUUGUCCAUCCUGCCCCAAACCUUACCGGGACAUAAAGUGGGUCAUGAGGGGUCUAUGUCCCAAGUUAGGUGCAGAUCCAUGGCUGAUGGGGUACACGGUAGUCUCUGGAUGUGGGCAUAGGUACUGCAAAUCCCAUCGUCCAUUGUCCAUCCUGCCCCAAACCUCACCGGGACAUAAAGUGGGUCAUGAGGGGUCUAUGUCCCAAGUUAGGUGCAGAUCCAUGGCUGAUGGGGUACACGGUAGUCUCUGGAUGUGGGCAUAGGUACUGCAAAUCCCAUCAUCCCUUGUCCAUCCUGCCCCAAAUCUCACCGGGAUGUGAAGUGGGUCUCGAGGUAUCCCUGUGAAAUAAAGUAAGUCAUGAGGGGUCUAUGUCCCAAGUUAGGUGCAGAUCCAUGGCUGAUGGGGUACACAGUAGUCUCUGGAUGUGGACAAAGGUACUGCAAAUCCCAUCAUCCCUUGCCCAUCCUGCCCCAAAUCUCACCGGGAUGUGAAGUGGGUCACGAGAUAUCCCUGUGACAUAAAACAAGUUAUGAGUGGUCUAUGUCCCGAGUUAGGUGCAGAUCCAUGGCUGAUGGGGUACACAGUAGUCUCUGGAUGUGGACAAAGGUACUGCAAAUCCCAUCGUCCAUUGUCCAUCCUGCCCCAAACCUCACCGGGACAUAAAGUGGGUCAUGAGGGGUCUAUGUCCCAAGUUAGGUGCAGAUCCAUGGCUGAUGGGGUACACGGUAGUCUCUGGAUGUGGGCAUAGGUACUGCAAAUCCCAUCGUCCAUUGUCCAUCCUGCCCCAAAUCUCACCGGGAUGUGAAGUGGGUCACGAGAUAUCCCUGUGACAUAAAACAAGUCAUGAGUGGUCUAUGUCCCGAGUUAGGUGCAGAUCCAUGGCUGAUGGGGUACGCAGUAGUCUCUGGAUGUGGACAAAGGUACUGCAAAUCCCAUCAUCCCUUGUCCAUCCUGCCCCAAAUCUCACCGGGAUGUGAAGUGGGUCUCGAGGUAUCCCUGUGACAUAAAGUAAGCCAUGAGGGGUCUAUGUCCCAAGUUAGGUGCAGAUCCAUGGCUGAUGGGGUACGCAGUAGUCUCUGGAUGUGGAUGAAGGUACUGCAAAUCCCAUCAUCUAGGUCCUUACUCUCCCAAAACACAAGAGCAAAACGCUUAGGACCGUGCCUUUACUCCGCCCCCCACACAAUAGGGCCACGCAGGUCGUUCCCCUUUUUGCUCGGGAGAGGUAAGCCAUGUCUGUGUUUGCAUCCGGGAGACUCUUUGGUUUCUUCUCGCCAUGCGCUGUACUUACCGCACUUUAGGAUGCACGCACGCCCUUCGCGUCAAUGUCAUGUAAAUACGGUAGACGGAAAUUACUAUAGGUUUGGUUCUACGAAGGGUUCUUCUUCUCCAUCCUGCUGCCAUUAAAUAUUUUGUUUACAUAUUUUAUUUAUUUUUGGUUCACGACCAAAGACGUUGCCUUUUUUUUAAAAAAAAAAGUUUCGCGCCGAAGAAACAAAGCUCACAAGCGGAGUGUUUGGUCUUCUGUCCCGGGGUCGGACCCAAGAGGGCGAGCAACACACUCGAGGUGGGGUGGCCCUCUCGGUCCACGUCCCGGCCCAAAACCCCCUUCUCUCAGAAUUGUUAUAACGACAAUAAAUAAAGCAACAGCUCUUUUAAAACCUU